GUGGCACUCAAGAACCGGGACAAAGUCGUGCAAACCUUGCAUGAGCUGAACAGCAAGGUGGCCCUUCCGAUCUGCCGCCACUUCGGCUUGCGCUACAACUUCUUCUCCGAGCACCACCCACAGGCCAAGAAGGCUGGAGUCACCUGUAAAGAGCCACUCAUCCUUCGGAAGCAGGGGCCCGACGGCACUGAGAUCCAGGAGACACGGUACCUGGUGACCAUCCGCUUACGCUUGAGACUGCACCCCACCAAGGGCGAUCCCCAGAGCGAUUUCCUGUCGCAUGGGACGCAGAUUGCUGUUCUGCUGCAUGAGCUUUGCCACCUGAAGCACAUGAACCACGGCAAGGAUUUCAUGCUCUUCUUGCGAGACAUCUUUGCUUUUGCGCAAAAGCUGGGUGUCUUUGAAGCGGGCGAGAGCAACGAGAUCCCCUCCCCCUGGCCCUGGGAGAACGUGAUCUUCCAACGUGCGGGCAACGUCUCAGAUGACGAGCUCCUGCAGCUCUUCGCGGAACACCGAGAGAAGCAACGCCAGGCCAAGACCCCAGAGGAGGCGCUCAAGGCGGCCGAGGUUGAGGCCGCUGAGCUCGAGGCCGUGAGCACGUCGGCCUCGGACGAGCCCUCCGGAGUCACAUAUUUUCUACGCUUCCUCGCGGUCUCGGACGUCUCGGUUGGACGUUCACAAGGGGAGGGGAGUAUUUUACACGAUUUUACUGAUCAGGCUCUCGAGGCUUACUUUGAUGGCCUUCACCGGGGAGACGUGGAACGCAUGAAGGAGGUUUGGCACCCCGAAGCCCGCCUCUACUGGGCCGACGCCGCCCGGGAGGGCGGCGUCGCAGACCGGAGUGCGGAGCAGUUCUUUGAGUACAUGCGCUCCAGCACCAACUCGGAGGAUCUCAGUGCCUACGACCAGAUUCUCUCCUUAGACUUCGCCUCCAGUCGCUGCUGCGCUGCCCAGGUGCAGCUCGCGCUGAAGCAGAGCGACCCUGCAAGCGGAGCGCUGCUCUUCACAGACUUCUUGGUCUUGUUGCGCCUCAACAAGAAGUGGCAGAUCAUCAGCAAGGUCUUCUCUUCUGUGCCUUUGUCAGAGCAGUCCUACCAAGAGCCCUAUGAUGCGCUGGCCUAUGCAGUGAGUGACCCAGUACGUGGCAUCUUGUCCUACAUGCGAGGGGUACACCAGUCCUCUCCGUCCUUGGUUUCUGAGAGCUUCCACGGAGCUGCACGGCUUUGCUUUUCGGACCAGCAAGAGGAACUGGUCCGUUGGUCCCGGGCCGAGUUCUUCGAGGUGUUGCAGGCACGGGCCAAGUCCUUGGACGAUCCCCAGGCCUUGCGCUUCGACAAGAUCCUCAGUGUCCGCAAAGCAGGGCCCGAUGUAGCCCUUAUUAAGCUCCAGGUAGGCUUGCCGCCUGUCCUCUACACCGACUUCCUCUCAAUGCUACGGCUGAACGGCCGAUGGUGGAUCAUUGCCAAAAGCUCCGACGGAGCUCCCGAGCGCCCGAAACUGGCGCUGGUGGCUGCCUUCAACGGCGGCCACAGGAACUGCCCCGAAAGCUGCGACGGCUGCGAGAACGGCGCAGGCGAGCCUACAGAGAUUGCCUAUGGCGAGGAGACCGAUCCAGCCUCAACUUGGAUCUCCAAGCGUGCGGAUGAAGGGGAGCCUUUCGCCGGGCCGCACCUGCCGCCGUUGGCACGGAGUCCGCGUCCUCCGUUGCCCGGGCCGACGAAGAAGCUGCCGGAGAAGCUACCACCCAUCGGUGCGCGGUGGGGCAUGGGGUGA